UAACUCAGCCGGGGUGACCAUGACCUGCUGCGAGGGAUGGACAUCCUGCAAUGGAUUCAGCCUGUUGGUUCUACUGCUGUUAGGAGUAGUUCUCAAUGCGAUACCUCUAAUUGUCAGCUUAAUUGAGGAAGACCAAUCUUCUCAAAACCCCAUCUCUUGCUUUGAGUGGUGGUUCCCAGGAAUUAUAGGAGCAGGUCUGAUGGCCAUUCCAGCAACAACAAUGUCCUUGACAGCAAGAAAAAGAGCAUGCUGCAACAACAGAACUGGAAUGUUUCUUUCAUCACUUUUCAGUGUAAUCACAGUCAUUGGUGCUCUGUAUUGCAUGCUGAUAUCCAUUCAGGCUCUCUUAAAAGGUCCUCUCAUGUGUAAUUCUCAAGGCAACAGUACUGCCAAUUGUGAAUUUUCAUUGACAAACAUCAGUGACAUUCAUCCAGAAGCCUUCAACUUGCAGUGGUUUUUCAAUGACUCUUGUGCACCUCCUACUGGUUUCAAAAACCCCACCAGCAACGACGUCAUGGCCAGUGACUGGAGAGCACCUAGUUUGCACUUCAAUUCUGAAGAAAACAAACACAGGCUUAUCCACUUCUCAGUAUUUUUAGGUCUAUUGCUUGUUGGAAUUCUGGAGCUCCUGUUUGGGAUCAGUCAGAUAGUCAUUGGUUUCCUUGGCUGUCUGUGUGGAGUCUCUAAGCGAAGAAGUCAAAUUGUGUAGUUUAAUGGGAAUAAAAUGUAAGUAUCAGUAGUUUGAA